CACUGUGCAUCAAAUAUCAAUCAGUCAUUCAGUAAAACCAGAAUCAGAACCUUGUAUAUGUGUAACCGUCCAAUCGACUGCACCACAUUAUUAUAGCAAGACGAAAUUAUUAGAAUCAAUGUCAGUUGCGUGACACACAGUACGCAUGCUCAAGCACGGACUACUACUGCGCGCAAUGCUGACUGGUGUUCGAGACGGUUGGAAGUAAGUUAGGUGCGGCCAAAUCAAAAUUUGGCAUCAGUUCAUAAAGUCACUAACUUCUGGUUUAAGCCGUGUUGGUAGAUGCAGACUACUUGGUUGGGGUCCGCGCGCCUAUCGUAACGAGUGGUUGGAGACUCAGAAUCGACUACAAUGAUAGUAAACGUUCUGAGAGUAACAAGUACCUUUUCAUCACGUAUCGGCCCCUUGUCGGUAGUUAUUUGGUAAACUGCGUAUUACGAUUUUCCUGUAUUCAACUUUUGGAUGGUUAAAGACCGACUGCCUGAGCUUGAAGCUCGUAUAAAGGUCAAAAAUGAAAAUGCCAUGAAGAAGGCAGAGUUUGACUUUUCUCAACUACAUGCUGCUGUUUUCGAUCAGGUCAAUGAACUUCACUCUGAUAUUGAUAAUUUACGGCAAGAUAUUAAUGCAGUUGACAGGCUACAAAAGGACAUACUGGCUACACCUCAACAAGAUCCAAAACUGGAUAGUCAGCUUAGUGAGCUCACCAAUUCCAUCCGAGAAAAGGCUCAUAAAAUUCGGAGUUCCUUGAAAGAAUUAGGGCAACAGGAAGAUGAUAAUCUUCUGUCAAGAUUAUCUGGUAAAUGUCGUCUAAAGUCGUCUCAGCAUGCUGCUAUUUCCCGACAAUUCGUCCACAUUAUGAACAAUUAUAGUCAAAGACAAGUAGAUUAUCGUGACAAGUGUAAGGCUCGGAUUCGAACCAAGCUCCGUAUCGCUGAAGUCUCAUUUUCGGAAGAUGAGGUUGAAAAGAUGUUAGAAAAAAACCACACGGGUAUUUUUACACAGGCUAUUAUGGCUGAAACAGAAGCUGCGAAGCGAUCACUAUCGGAUAUCGAAGCUCGUCAUGCAGACAUUAUACGGCUCGAAAAAAGUAUCCAGGAGAUGAAAGAGUUAUUCUUCAAUGUCGCUCUUCUAGUUGACCAACAAGGUGAUUUAAUCGACCAGGUUGAAUACAAUUUGAACAAGGCAUCUGACUGUGUUGUAAAUUCAAAGCGAACCCUUUCAUCAGCCGUAAUUAGAAAUAAGAAAAAUCGUCGCAAUAGCAAUGACGAUCAUCUUCAGAUGUCUCCUACUCUUAGAAUUUCUCCAAUUACUUUAUGUAGAAAACUUAAACGUCUACGCAUCACAUCACUCCCAUUAUAUCAUAACUUCGUUCGCCGCUAGAACUGAUCAAAGUUGUUUAAAACUAAUCAGGUUACUUGUCAAUAUCAUAUUUUACAGAACUAAAAUAUAUUUGGCUAAAAAUAAUUCAUUUCAAAUAGAUUAUAUUGAUAAUUGGAUGAUAACAUUAAAGAAUAUAACAAUAUGGGGAUUUGAUGGACUUGGUCAAAUUAAUCAAUAUGAUGACCAAUUUUCUAUUGAACAAGAAGAAAUAUGGCUACAGUCAAAUAAAAAUCAACCUAAUAGUGAUGUUUUAAUUAAAGAAUGGAUAAUGAAACGUGAUGAAAAAUUAUGUGAUGUUUAUAAAAUUAAAUUUUCAAUCGAAUUAAAUAAAAAUAUGGAAAUGCUUGCAAAUUGGUGCUUAUUUCCUAGAUGGAAUUAUUUAACGUCCGAAAAUAAUUUUAUGCAUGUUAAAUUUAUCGGUUUACGUUUUAAUGUCAGUUUACAUUUGUUUAUUAAUCAAAAUGGCGCAGUUGGUAUGAAGUUUGAUCAUUUAAAAGUAACACAAUUAUCUAACAUACAAUUACAUACUUUUCAAGAUCCUAUUUAUAUUACUUCCAAAAUGAACAGUAGUCAAAAUGAUAUUGUAAAUUCUUUUGAAAAUUUCACUUUAUCUUGGUUACUUGAUAAAAAAUCUUUACGUGAAAUAUUAUUUUAUUAUUUAGAAACAUCAGUUAUUGAUAUAUUGAACAGGAAUUUAAAUUAUUUGCAAAAUAAUUUUACACUUAGUAAAGGUUUAAGCUGCAAUGUUUAAACUUUUUUUCAGUAUUGGAACACUUAAUUUCGUUUUCUACUCCAAUUACAAUAACGUUUGAAUAUUUAUGCUUAUUAUAUCAUAUUGUCUGAACUAAUAUAUCGAAUCUUAAUUUAAAAUGAUAUAAAACAAAUGUAGUAUGUACAUGUCGCGGCUUUACAAAAUAGAAUGAUUGGAUAUAGAGCUUCAUAUACGAUAUUGAAUGUUUUGCUAAUUGUUGUGCGGGUUCAGUUUUCUUAAAGUUGAUGAUCCUAAUAUAAUCAAAAACCAAUCCUCAUUUAUGUAAACCCUGAAUUGUUCUCUAAUUUGUUACUGUGUUUUAAUGUAUGCAUUUUAAGAAGCUACUUUUAAUUUUUAAUGGGAGUUGUUUGGUGUGCAUUAAAAAAUUUACUGAUCUUGUUACAGAAUUUCUGCUUGUUAUGUGCUCUUAUUUGGAUACAUUAGUCUUGUAUCUCAAAAAUGUAGCACUGUCUUCAUCAUGGCGUUUACUGUUAACUGUUACUAAAACAGUGUCAUACCAUAUUUAAAUUUUUGGUUCAACAUAAAAAUCAAUAGUUAGCCAAUUAUCUCGAUUACUCAAGUAAUCAUCAGAAGCUCCAUCAAAGUCAUUAUUCUCCGACUAAGUAAUAUUAUGUUCAAAUAUAUAGGCUUGUCGGUUGAAAAUCCGUAUUUGUCUUAAUAUCUCA